GAUGAAAUCUAAGAGGGAAAAUUCGUAGUGUCAGUUCGUACAGCAGUUGGAAAACUUUUAAUGUGGCUCGGGAAAAGAUACAAAGUGCGGUGUUGAUCCACUUGUUGAUUUGCGGUUAGCUGACUAGCUCCACCGGUACACAUACAUACACUUAGAUCAGGAUUGGACGAGCAUGAACACAGCGCAACCUGUAUGGAUCCUCUAUUAAUGGCGCUUACGUAUUGAAUCCGGGUGGUUGCGAGCUCUUCAGAUAUCGCAAUAAUGCUUUUAAAUUAUUUUAGGAAUUACUUGUUUUCGGUGGCGAGAGAAUUUUGAACUGAAUCCUUUAGCUAAUGCUAACAUAAUGGAAGGGGUUAGAUAAUACAACCGUAAACAGAAGCAAGUUUAACAUCUCUAUUCAUCGUGGGGUGUUUUUCAACAGUGGGAACCUAACUAUAUAAGUUUGGAAGUUUGUUUUGGAAAUUUCAUUUGAGGUUUAUUUAAUACUUUUUUCACAUGAUGGGCAAAGCCUCGUCCUGGACACAUCAAACAGAGGAGAUGAUGAGCUGUGAACCCAUUACUUGUUGCAUUUAAUUAUCUCAUGGAAUAACAUGAACAAAGUCAUACUUUUUGGACUAUGUAGGAUUUUGACUAGGAAACUGCCCCCGUUUUUAUUACAAUAAAACAGAAAUCCGGACAUAUUCUGCUAUUUGAAACUGACUGUUUUUGAAAUGGACACUGUCAACCAAUAUCCUUUAGACUCUGCGUUUGCUGAACGAGAUCACAGGAUCAUUUACAGUUCAGACAGAUCUGUGAGCUUUGAGGAACAUCAUGGUAGCGGUGAGGGAUGGACACAGGUGGACGUGACCCUCUCCGGGGGAGCACCAUGGGGUUUUACCCUCAGAGGUGGACUGGAGCAUGGAGGACCUCUUGUCAUAACCAAGGUGGAAGAGGGCAGUAAGGCUGCGGUUGCUAGACUGCAGGCUGGAGAUGAACUCCUCAACAUCAACAACAUUUCUCUCACUGGCUACCGACAAGAGGCCAUCUGCCUAGUGAAGGGUUCCCACAAGACUCUCAGCCUAGUGGUAAAAAGGAGAAAUGAACCCAUGAGCAGACCUCACUCCUGGCAUGCAACCAAGUUCAACGAGAGUCACUCAGAAGCCAAAACACAGUCCACACACUCACCAGUCCGGCAAACAAAAUAUGAUUCAAGUUCAUUCUCCUCUGACCUCUCUACUGAAUGGGAGAAAACAAAUCUACAGAGAGUGUCUGAUCAGUUCAGUUCCAUGGGCAGUAUGGACAGCCAAGGGCACAGCUCUCAUCCCUAUCCACCAGGCCGCCUUUCCCUGAGCAAGUCCAAAAAUAAUAGCGUUGAACAUUUGGGUGGUGGUAAACGAGACUCUGCAUAUAGUUCCUUUUCUACCAGCUCAGGAACGCCAGAUUACACACUGUCCAAAAGUAACACCGCAUCCACCGAGAACAUGCUGUACAAAAUUAAUCACUGGGACUCGAGUGGUAGGCACAGCAAUGGCAGGCACAGCCGAAGCCUAAGUGAAGGUGUACGACACGAAGAAAGGCCUGGAAACGUGCAUCAUCCCUCAAGUUCAGGAAGCUAUGAGAACCCAGGAACCGAAAAUCAGCCAGGCACUCGGCAUUCAAGCUCUGGAAGAGCUAAUAUUGGACCUGUCUGGCAUGUCCCAGAUAUGAAGAAAAACAUUGCAUCCUCUACCCCACCUCCUACUCCACCUACACGCAGUGAUAGUUUUGUGGCUACCAAGGUUCAUGAAAAGGGUUUGAUCUCAGGCAACUUUGAAGGUCUUGGAGUUCAUGCUCAGGUAAAGCCUCUAGUGAAAGGACUACACAAGGUUGUAGAAACCCAUGACAGCACUCUUAAGGGUCGACAUGAUUAUAACCUGCCAUCCAAAAACGAUUCCUCAAAUUCCUACAUUUCAACCGAUACCCAUCAUCAGUAUCCCCAGCGUAUGUCCUCAGACAAGACAUACUCCCUCUCGACCACAGACGUCAGAGAUAGACUUCCAUCCUACACCCAUAUUCCAUACCAUCCACGGCAAUACAGUGAUGAGAGCACUUUCCAUGCUCAAACUAAAACUGUGCCGCCAAUAAAGACUCCUUUCACUGGUUACUAUAGCAGUAUGCAAGAGCUACCCACAAACAACCAUGUGCUGCUAAAGAGCCAGAUUCAGGGUAGUAGCCCAGCUGCAUCUUUGUCCGGUCUACCCACUGAUCCUGAAACAAGCAGUCAUAGCUAUUGUUAUGGAGUCACCUCCCACCAAACCCCCCAGGGAAUGUCCCAGGGUUCUUUAGUGAGGGUUGAUGACUCUAGAGCUUCUUCAGUGUCAGAAAUGUCACACGGUGGAAGGGACAGGAUGUCCGUAGGUUCUCAAGGAGGAACUAAAGAUAGGUAUUUUCCACCUCAGUCAUAUCACCAUGACCCAGAUCAUAAGAAAAAUAAUGCCUGCUUCAAACUGAUUGAUAACCACCAUCGCAUCAGCUCUAAUCUCUUGAAUAUGCCCAAUUCAACAACCGCAAAACCUCCUGAGCUGAGGGGGAGCCAGAAGCAGAACCAUGUGUCCAGCUCAGAUAUGCACUCUGGUAGUUAUCCCCCCAGUAAGCAAACUGAACACAGAAGUGCUGGCAAUCUCCAUUCUAAAGAGUACUCUAAACAACCUUUGCCAGCUACAAAUGAGUCAAAGAUAUGUCCCCAGAAAACACCUAUGUUGUAUUCUCUUGCCACAGAGAACAAUGACAUGGAUGACUAUCAAGACGAGUUGAACAGUGGAAGCGUUCAACAGGAAGUCCUUGACAGCCAAAGCGGCAAACAGGCGAGACGUAAUGAACGCUUUGCCACCACUUUGCGCAAUGAGAUCCAGAUGAGGAGAGCCCAGCUUCAGAAGAGUCAAAGUGCAUCCACUUUAGGUAGUCCUGUUGAAGCUGUAGAAGAGGCUGCUAUCUGGAAGUCCGCUGGGAGUUCUUCUUCCUGCUCAGAUGGUUCUUUUUCCAAUUCUUAUAAAGACCAUCUAAAAGAAGCCCAAGCCAGAGUCCUCCAGGCUACAUCCUUUAGGAGGAAAGACCUUGAGCCAGUGCUGUUCGAGCAUCCAGGUACUGAGGCUGUUACUUGGAGAGAGACACCUGCUCUUCCAAUCCUAUCAGAGAUCACGCCUGGUAAACCCAUCUCUGGUAGUAAUCAGAUUCUUCGCAUUGGAAGUCGAAAGAGGUUUUCUGCAGAAAAGAAAAUUCUGUCUUUUUCUGAGCCGGAUAAAAUUCAUGAAGUUGGAGCUGAUGAACACUCCCCUUUGCCUGACAAUGCUGUAACCUUAGAAAAUCAUCGCAAAUUCUUUCAAGCGACAGGAAAACCAGCCUUCUCUAAACCCACACCAAAACAAAACCUGCAGGUAUUUGAAUACUCCAGACAUUCCAGGCCUGGAAGCAUUCACCACCCUGCAAAGAGCAACACCGCUGGGCGGAGUAACAAUGGAAGCACAACCCCCAGCGAACAACACCUUAAUGAUGAAGGUCAGGAUGGUCCUCACUCAGUGAACCGAAUAGCCAUGCUAGAACGACAGAGACUUGGCACAUUUGCAGAGUAUGAAGCCAAGUGGAGCACCCAGAAGAACACAACUGAACCAAGAGUAUCUGGAAAAUACCAUUCUGCUGAUAACAUCCUUGAUACAGGAAUUGAAAAACAGAGUAAGCCCACAUGUGUGCACGAAAGAUCUAGGUCCUCCCCUUCUGCUGACUUCUAUGGUCAGAAAGUUCCAGCUCAAGAAAAGAAGUCAGCUGAUUACUCCAAACCUGAGAGAAAUCUCUUCGACCAGGAUAAGAAUGAAAAAGGUCAAAAUCUCAUUAUGUCUCUUUCUUUUGAGCACAGCCACUGGUUCUAUACACCCAGCAGGUUAGAUAAAAAAGGAUACAGUGAUCUCAUUUACAAGGAGAAACCAGAAGCACCUCCUUCAGCUUUGACUGAAGACCUGGAGAAAAAGCCUUCAGAUCCUCCAGCCAGUCAUUAUAAACCUGGACUACAUUUCUCUGACAAUAGCACUCGCAGUGAACCAUCAGCUCUUUCCAAAAAUAAGAGCUGUGUUCUCCAGGCAUCUCUUUUGCCCCAUCUGGAUAAGUACAAAUGUCCUGAGGGCACACAUCCUCCUCUUGGAAAAUGUUGGGAGGUCCAGCCUGGAACACAAGGAGAAGUCUUGGCCUCACUCCCUCUUGCCAACAAUCUAACCUCCAUCCCCGUCUCAGCCACAGUUCACUGGAAGGGUUUGGAUUAUAGCAAAGGGCCAAGCGGGGAGGAGGAGCUACAGCAAGAGCUUGUGCCUCCUCCCUUUCCACCUCCUCCCCCUCCGACUGCCCUGCAAACCCAACAAACCACUGGCCUGACCCAGCCCACCAUGGAGGGGCAGCGUUCGCUUUCACCCCAGUUCGCUCCCCAGAGGCUGACGGACAAGCCCCCUGUCUCCGUCUCCAUACAGGAUGAAGCUCCUGGGAGGAUGGAGAGGCAUAAAGAUGAGAACACAUCAGUGAAAAAAGUGCCCAUAAAGAUUGUCCACUCCGAGAGUGACACAGAAAAAGAAAGUCGACAGUACCUUGACUUGUCCAAUGAGAGUCCACUAAGCUCUCAAGAAUCUGGAGUAACUCCUUUUCAGAGCUUGGGGAACCCUGAUCAGCCGUACUCUCUGUUCUGUACUUACACAAGGCAAAAGGACCAAGGACCUGAACCAAGAGACACAGUCAUGGGACUUCUGAAAGAACAGGAGCCACAAGCCAAUAUGAACCCUGUAUCUCAUGUGGUACAUAGCCUGAAGACGGGCCCUUUAUCGGAUCAGAGCAGCAACGGAAUGUCUUUGCAUUCCUCCCGGGUAGAGGAUGACGAAAAGAGACUGGAGCUGGCUAAAGACAUCAUGGACAAGGACAAAACCCUGGUGGAAAUUUUAGACCAGAGCAAGAUGAAAACCACCAUGGAUCUGAUGGAGGGGAUUUUCCCUCUGGGAGAGCAGCUACUGGAGGAGGCUCAACAACGCAGGAAGGCUGUACCUAAACAGCUCUCCCCUCGCAAUUCUGUGGAGAAGAAAGAGGAAGACAGUCCGGUGGCGGCCACUGCCUUAGUGACCAAUUCAACUUACUACAGUACAUCUGCACCUAAAGCAGAGCUGUUGAUUAAGAUGAAGGAUAUGCAGGAUCAGAGCGUGGAGCACAUGUCAGAAGAGGAAAUGGAAGAGGACAAUGAAAAUGAUCUCGCCAGCAAGAAGCAUGAGUUGAUUGACAGCCUCAGCAAGAAGUUGCAGGUGUUAAGGGAGGCUCAGGAAAGUCUACAGGAUGACGUGCACGACAACAAUGCUCUUGGGGAGGACGUGGAGGCCAUCGUACAACGUGUCUGCAAGCCCAAUGAACUAGACAAGUUCCGUAUGUUUGUGGGAGACCUUGAUAAAGUGGUCAACCUUCUGCUGUCUCUGUCUGGACGCCUGGCCAGAGUAGAGAAUGCCCUCAACAGCCUGGAGGAUGAUGCUUCAAUGGAGGAAAGGCGCACAUUGACAGAGAAGCGUAAACUGCUCAUCCGUCAACAUGAGGAUGCGAAGGAGCUGAAGGAGAACCUCGACAGGAGAGAGCGUGUGGUUUACGAGAUCCUGGCCAGUUACCUGGCAGAGGAGAGCAUGACUGACUAUGAGCACUUUGUAAAAAUGAAGUCGGCCCUCAUUAUUGAGCAACGCAAGCUUGAGGACAAGAUCAAACUCGGGGAGGAACAACUAAAGUGCCUGAUGGACAGUCUUCCAAUGGAUCAGAGGACAACCAACUGAGGACUUCAAACCUGGUCAUUGCAAUGAUCCAAAGCAUAUCUUCUGGCGCACCCUGAAUAACAGGCUUCCAAAGCAGUACUUAACAUGGGUUUAUUUACUGCAAGUGGAAUCCCUGCCUCCCUCCAGACACUAUUUUGGCAAGACUCUUUAUGUUUUUAAAACCCUGACAGUGCUGGGCACUUUCAGAUUGUGAUUUAAGCAAACUUGAUUAUAUAGAGAAUACUGUGGCUGUUACCUUUUUUAGAGCAGUCUUAGCCAACUCUUGUUAAAUGGAUAGCUCACCCAAAAAUGAAAAUUCUCAUCAUUUACUGACCCUAAUGCCAUCCCAGGUGUGAAUGACUUUCUUUCUCCUGCAGAACACAAAUACAGAUUUUACAAUGCAAGUGAGUGGUGGCCAGAACUUUGAUCCAAAAAGGACAUAAAGGCAGCAUAAAUGUAAUACAUAAGACUCCAGUGGUUAAAUCCAUGUCCUUAGAUGUGAUAUGAUAGGUAUGGAGGAGAAAUGGAUCAAUAGAAGUUUUUUUUUCUGUAAAUCAUCUCUUUCACUUCAGCCACCUACUGUUUGGGGCUGGUACAUUUUUUUUAUAGAGUUUUAUAGUAAAAAAAUACUUAAAUAUUGAUCUGUUUCUUACCCACACAUAUAUCGCAUCUGAGGACAUGGAUUUAACCACUGUUAUAUGGAUAAGUUUUAUGAUGCCUUUAUGUACUUUUUAUGUGCUGGUCACCAAUCACUUGCAUUGUGAGGACCAAUAAAGCUGAGAUAUUCUUCUAAAAAUCUUCAUUUGUUUUCUGCAGAAGAAGGAAAGUCACACAUCUGGCAUGGCAUGAGGGUGUGUAUAUGAUGAGAGUAUUUUCAAAUUUGGGUAAACUAUCUCUUUAAGCUUUCAUGACCUUUCAAUGUUACACAACCCAUAACAUUUUAUGAUGAAAUAAUAAUUUCAUGCUUUUCCCUUUUUUCAGAACUAUUUAAAUACAGACUAUAGCGCUGUUUGCACAAUGUACCUGUCUGUACAUGGUAUGUGUGCUCACUGUACUGUAGCUUUUUAACCACUAGAGAGCAAUGAAAGACACCUCCAUAAAGUGUCUUCCCUUAUAAAACACAUGCUAUUCAGACAAACACAAACAGAGAAUUGCAAAAGCAUCUAUGCAGGUAGCAUUAAUUUUCCACCCAUGCAUGUGACGCAUGUAUGCUGUGAUGCCAUUUACAUCAGAAAGUUGAAUGAACUUCUAAUAAUGAUAUUUUGAUGGUGCAUUAUUUCAAAUUACAUGCCCAACUAUCCUGGUCAUGUUAAAAAUAAUUCAAUGUUAUUUUUAGUAAUUUAUUUUAGCCUUUUGAAUCUUUGUAUAUAACUUGAAUAGACUAGUAUCGUACCCUCUCACUUUAUUUUAGCCAAGCAAACUACCAUACUUUUUAUAGAUGUAUUUCAACGUAAGAUGCAUUGUAACAUCAGAAUUAGGAUUGACUGUAUUCUUUUGUUUAAAGAAUCUAAGAGACUUGCCUAAACUAUGUAAUAUUAUAUCAUUAAGGAUUAAGUGCUUGUCUAUAAAAUACCUGCUGCCUUUUGCUCCAAGUCUCAUGUCUGUGUCAAGUCAUUUUAUUUUAUUUGUAUAGCGCUUUUCACAACACGCAUCGUUUCAAAGCAGCUUUAAAGAAAAUGAUUCUGUAAUGUCAUAAAUUGUCAUUGUGCAGUUUAAUCUUUAAGCAGAUAGCAAUGCAUUUGAAGUAAACAUAAAAUCAAAUUGACCCCAUUCACUUUCUCCAGUAUGUACUACUGGAGUCACAGAAUUGGAUGUACUGUAGCUGUAUUAUGAUUGGCUGAAUUUAUAAAAGUCCCAUCUGAUUGGCAAAACCAUACGUAUCGAUCUGCUGAGAUGCAAGGUCUACGUUAAUGGUGACUUUUCUGAGGGAGUAUGUUACAAAUACAUAUUAAAAUGUUUCCAUUCUGAAAACAAAAAGUAGUACUAUAUAAUAGUUGUCAUAAAUAACGGUUUAUCUUUUAGUGAAAUAUUCUGUCUAAUUUUCUAUUAGUUAGAGUAUACAGUAUAAAAGCACACAAAAAUAAAUACACAUUUGAAAUAACCUGCUUGUGCUGAGAGCUAAAACUACUCUAGAAAAAUGUUACAUUAUCAUAUACAUACACUAA